CCCUCGGAGAGGGAACGGCCUCAGGGUCGUCCUCUCCUGGCCUCGGGGCCGGCGCCGCUCUGGGGAGGGCGCUUCGAGGGACGCCUGGGGUUUGGCGAGUCAGCGUGGGGAUUGAUGUCUUCUGCUCGCAGGGAAGAUGCAAGAUGGAUGGAGGGCGCCGUCCAUCCCGUGGGACUGCUGCUCUUGCGCCUUGCGGGCGCGCUGGGCCACUUGUGGGGCCUUCCUUUUUUCUGGAAGCGGCAGGCAAAGGUGACGGAUGGGGUAGUUACAGGCUUCGUCCUCCCUCGGUGAAGGAUGCAGCUAUGGAGCUGUUCCUUCUAGGGUGGAGAUGGUGUAAGAUUUGGGUUAAGGAGUAGUUAGGCAGUGGAGACCAACCAGAGUUGGGUGAGGCCUUUGUGGAGUUCUUCAUCCCCCUUGCUGGGAAGGCAGGUAACCGUGGGACCUUGGGGUCUUGGCAGGGUGGUUACAGGAAGAAGCAGGUGAUGAGGAGUUGGAUAUAUUGGUCGUGUUCUGGAGCAGAUACAGAGCAAAGGACUGUCAUGGUGGUUUUAAGCUCGAGGUACGUCCUGGAGAAGAGAAGAUUGGUGGUCUCACCGUGUUUCUCUCAAUAUAAGAUAUGAGAGGGAAGGAAAGCUGGGACUCUGGGCACGUCAUAAACGUGCAGGAGAAAGGUGAUGUUUGGGAAGGUGGUUAGAGUGAAACCUCCUGCUGUCGGGGCUGCGGAGUUGAUCGCCGUUGCCGUGACUUCCACCCUGUCCAGCCAGGAGCCUUCUUUCCUGAAGCGGGGAGCAGGAGUAGGAAGGGAGCUGUUUCUGCUGAAGACCUCCCUGCUGUUGGUUAGGGGUGGGAGCCUGUUCACCCGUUUCCUUCAGCCAUCAGCGGAGCGUGUCUCUGCUGGUGCCGAGGCCCUGGAGUUACGGCGAUGUGGCCCUGCCCCUCCUCACCGCAGGCUUAUUUCAGGAGGAGCUGUGGUCUCCGAGCGGAUGGAGCUUUACCCAGCUCAGGUGCUCCUUGUUCUCCUUGUCGCUGGCCAGGGCCUAGCUACCUCAGCUUUCCUCGGUUACGGCUGCUGUCCGGAGGGAGCCCUGGAGUGCGCAUCUGCCUGCGUACGAAGUCUUUCCCUUGUGACCCAGGUGAGAAGAACAUCUAGAGGUUCGAGUUCGGAUUCAGCAACCUCGUGCUUACCCUCGUGAGAAGCUGGACCAGCAAGAUAACCAUGGUGGCCUUCUCCCUACUGUGGUACCUUCACCCUCAUCUUCAAGGUCUUUGGAACAAGAUAUCCCGUCGAGCGACUGCGGGGUACAUCCAGCCUUGUGGCUUGAUUCCGGGGACGCGCUGAUGGGCGAAGGGCCCGAGUGUUUCGUUAAGACGCAGCGACUGUCCGACUGUCCGACUGUCCUCAGGAGAGUGGUAGCGGCGCAGGAAGAGCUGCCCAGCUGCGGCGUACGCGAAGAUGCGAUUUCAGGGGUUGUUUGCGCUCGGGCGGCCCGGACCCACUGCUGCUAAUUUUGAUGCCGGUUGCAUAAGUGCAGGCUUCAGCGCUGCUGGUGUUUCUGCUGCGGGAGCUGUAGCCUAGAUUUAUUUGUUAGCUGCAUUCGCUCUCAGCAGCGCAGAACAGAACCUGAAUCUUGUGCGGCUUGCUGCAAAACCUGCGGCCGGCUGCUUGCCUGAGUCCUGUUGGUUUAAGGAACGAUGCGGGCUGAACUCCGGUCUCUGGCGUGUUGACCGGCGAGGCUUUAUCGGAGCACGCGUCCUUUGAAACUGAGACAGCUCGGGGCGUAAAAGAUCCGUAAAGCCUUUGGCUGCAGAGGCCGGUACCCGAAUCCUUGGGGAAAGCCUCUCAUGACUAAUUUGUAAACAAGCUAAGCCGCAACUGCUGGACUCCUCGCGUUUGUGGAGUAGCUGCGUCCCUUUCGCGCUCCGCCUCGGGGACUGUCCCACCGCGGUGGCAAUUCCUUAAUUUGCUUCCUGCGGCUCGUUCGGACGAGCUCCUGCUGUGCCCGCCCUCAUCGCUGCCCUCGGACGGGGCCCGGCGGGAGCCGCCGGCCGAGGGUGGCGCCGGGGAAGCGCUCGUGUUCCCCCGGCGUUUCGCAGCCCGCGGCGGGUUCGGCGCUCCGCGAGCCGAGCGGGUCAGACUUCGAGAGCGAAGCCGCUUCGCCGGGGGCUUCCAGCCUGGGGAGAAGCCGCCUCGGCCCCGGGAGAACCGCCGUCCCUUGGGAAGGGCGGCCGGGCGCCGCCUUCCUCGUCUCGAGCGAGGGUGAAACCGCAGGCUGGCGUCUUUCACCUGCCAAAUCCGCCUUGCGUUUUGACGUCGCCUUCGCGGGAGAGGAUGAGUUCAGUGCUGCAGCGGAAUAAAAUGGGCUCCUUUGCUUUCUUCUUUUUUUUUUUUUUUUUUUUUUUUGCUUUUUUUUCCUGCGUAUCGCGAUCCAGCCCGUUGUUCAUGGGGACGGGGUUAUAAGAUGCUGCCUCUCCGGGGCCGAACUCCCCGCCUGGCUGCUCCCGAGGGAGGCCGGUGGCCGGGGCCGCGCGAUGCCCGUGCGCCGCCGGGGGGGUGCGGAGCGCCGCGGUCCCCCGAGUUUAGCUGCGUUUGGCUGGUUUUUCCGUUCGUGGUUGUUGCGACCGGAGAGUCGUCGCGGGGCAGGACCAGCUUGUGCCUCUUGCUCUUUGUCCGCCGCUGAUUUCACCCGAACGCCUCGAGCCCCGGCCAGCGCUGGCGCGUCGGUGCCGUUGGCCGUGCCGGGCAGGCGGCUUCGCCGCGGGGUCUGCGCCCGGAGGCCUCCCCGAAAGGCGAAGCUUGCGAGCGGGGCUGCCGGCUGCGGCGUUCGCCUUCGGCCCCGGCUCGCCGGGAGCCUCCGACGGGGAGCUGCCGGGUUUGGCCGGGGCCACGGCGGAAGGGUGCUGCCCGGGGCGCCCCGGGGCCCCGCCGCCCCUCGCCCCGGGGCGUCUCGCUGGGCGCCCGUGACCGUGCCUGUCCCGUCUCUUUGCUUUCUGCGGAGCCCCUCCCCGCUCCCGCUCCCAAAGGCAAUUCCAGCAACUGCUGACAUGGAAAAAUUAGUAUUUUUAGUUUAGCUCCUUUCGGCGCGGUUUAAUAGCGGAAAGAAGGGGAAUUAGUGUCACGUGGCGGUUUCCUGCGGAGCACGGCGUGGAAACCUCUGCCCGGGACUGGGGGAAGUUUCCUUUUCUUUCUCCGUUCCAGUCAAAUUCCCUCCUUGGGGCUCUUGUCUCCGUAUAAAAACGAAUGAAACCUACGUGCCUCUUAUUUCCCCCCCCCCCACACGCACCCUCCUCGACUCCUGCCGCCUUCGGAAAUAGAUUUUCUUUCUUUUUCCGGCUCUGCCUUCGGCCCGGGAGGCGAGGAGAGAGGAGGACAGGCUCGCCCUGCGCGAGGGCCCGGACGGCUCCCGGCUCCCUGCACCAGCACGCGGGUCCGCUCCGGCGCGGCGCCCGUCCCCGGCGGCUGCCGCGGCGGGCGUCGAACCGGCCGCGAGCCCUCAGCUGGGCCCAGACGCCGAGCAAGUGCGUUUUCUAUUAAAAAAAAAAUAUAUAAACUCGCUGUAAUGAAUGAAGGAAACUGGCCGUCGCCUCUCGCCCGCAGCCGGCGCUCUCCCACCGCGAGGAGCGACCGGGCGGCCGGAGAAGGAGGAUCCCUGCUCGGGCAACGCUCCGGCCGGGAAUUUCCAGCAUGGAGGAAUUAGCAGCAGGUCUCUUUACUGCUGUCUCAUCCUGUGUAGCACCUCCCCCUUCGGCGGCUUGCUCGCUGCUCCCUGGUACCUGCGCUCAGCCCCGGCUCCCCGCGGCUUUCCUCUUCCUUCCUCGCGCUGUCUCGCCCCGGUUGCUCUCCCUACAGCAAGAAUUAAUUUUUUCUUCCCGCGCCGCGCAGCGCCGGGCACGGGGAGGUGAUCCCGGGGUAGAAACGCUGCCGGCGACCGCCGGCCCGCUCCGGGCACCUCCUCGCCGUGCAGACGCGCGUAGCUGCGCGAGAGGUGUUUGCAGGCUGAACCCGAGCGGCGGCGGCGCGGCCCUUGCAAAAGGAGGCGCGAGCAUCUGUCCGACCCCGCGGUCCGUGGGUUUCUGUUCGAGCCCCCUUCGUUCCGUUGCCAUGAGAACCGUUGCCACCGCGCCGGAGGAAACGCGGAGCGGAGAAGGGAGAAGGGAGGCCGGGGUGGUGGCGGCGGUGGCGGGCGCUGCCUUCCCGGCGCCUCGGCCCCGUCCCGCUCGCCGCGCUUCGGAGCCGACCUCGCUCCCGCGGCCGAGGUGGGUGCGGGCGGAGGGGCAGCAGCGGGAGCGCGAGCGGUCUCCAUCCCGCCUUUUCUCCCUCGGGCUUCCAAAAAUUCCUUGCUCGCCAGGCCUCGGCGUUUCUCUUCGCUUUGGAGCGUGCGGGAAAACGCCCGAACCUCUCGCGGCAAAGUCCUGCGGGGGCUUCUUCGCCUUCCGCGCCCGGCGGCGGCAGACGGCCCCCCGCUCCUCCGGAGAACCUUUGCAGCGUGACGUCUCUCGCACGGGGACUUAGCUGGAGACCCAGCCCCGCGGGCAAGGUGGUUUUGCCGCUGACCUGCUCGGUGCUCUGCAAGAGUUGGGGCGUUUCGCUAAGCAAUAAUAAAGCGAUGCAAAAAAAGGAGAAAGCAGAAAGCAGAGAGCAGAAAGCACGUGCUGUGCUCGGCUACAAACCGCGUUGGGGGUUUGCUUAGCCUAAGGCACCGACGAGUUGCUUUGAGCAGCGGGCUGAGAGUUUGCGACCAGUUGAACUUAACGCGUGCGGCUGUUUGCAUCCGAAUUGAACCGUUUUCUCAGCUUUUCUCAGGAGGAUGAACCUGUCUCUGAGAAAACUCGAUUGCUCGUUGGCUUCCUUCCUGGCUGGGGAGCUGGCCCCGGGGUAGGAAGGGGCCGCGGCGGUGCGGAAACCCUCCGGUGCGGCGGAGCUCUCGCUGCCGAAGCCCUCGCGGCGCGGCUCCUUCCGGGCCGCGGAUCUCUUGCUCCGGGACCGAGGAUCCUUUCGUGCUUUCUGCUGCUCCCAACGUCGCCUUGUUUAUUCUUAAGCUUUGCCGCGACGUUGAGGCUGGCUGCGUUGUGGUCCAGCGCUGCUGGAGGCGGCUUGUCACCGCUGCCCUGGGCGGCCUCUCUCGGCGUCUCCCGGGGGGGAGGCUGGAAGCUGCGCGGCCCUCGGGCUGCUCCCGCUCUGGCGACGGUCGAGCGGGCUGCGCCGGAGCCCGCGCCAGCCCUGCUGCUGGGAUGGAGCGUCCUGGCGGGUCGCUGACUUUGCGCCGUGUGCCCCCAGGUACCUGGAGAGCCCCGCCGGGGGCUGGCGCGGGAGACCUCGCGGCGAAGCGCUCGCCCCUGCCCGCUGCGCGGCUCUCCAUGCGAGCCCCGGCCCGAUGGACGCGGUCACGAGCGCCAGCCUCAAGAGGAAGUUCGAGGAGGCGGACGUGGGCUCGCCUGUCUCCAACUCGGACGAUGAGAUCUCCAACAGCGACAGCGCGGACAGCUGCGACAGCGUCAACCCACCCAGCUCCGCCGGCUUCAUACCCACUUCCAUCCUGAAGCGGCAGAAGCCGCCGCGCCGGAAGAACGUGCGCUUCGACCAGGUGACCGUGUACUACUUCGCCCGCCGGCAGGGCUUCACCAGCGUGCCCAGCCAGGGCGGCAGCUCGCUGGGCAUGGCCCAGCGCCACAACUCUGUCCGCAGCUACACGCUCUGCGAGUUCGCUCAGGAGCAGGAGGUGAAUCACCGGGAAAUCCUCCGCGAGCACCUCAAGGAAGAGAAGCUCCACGCCAAAAAGAUGAAGCUCACCAAGAACGGCACCGUCGAGUCCGAGGAGGCAGACGGCCUCACGCUGGAGGACGUGUCGGACGACGACAUUGACGUGGAGAACGUGGAAGUGGACGACUACUUCUUCCUGCAGCCGCUGCCCACCAAGCGGCGCCGGGCCCUGCUCCGAGCCUCCGGCGUCCACCGCAUCGACGCGGAGGAGAAGCAGGAGCUGCGGGCCAUCCGCCUGUCGCGGGAGGAGUGCGGCUGUGACUGUCGCCUGUACUGCGAUCCGGAGGCCUGUGCCUGCAGCCAGGCGGGGAUCAAAUGCCAGGUGGAUCGCAUGUCCUUCCCCUGCGGCUGCUCCAGGGACGGCUGCGGGAACAUGGCCGGCCGGAUCGAAUUCAAUCCCAUCCGGGUGCGGACUCACUACCUCCACACCAUCAUGAAACUGGAGCUGGAGAACAAGCGCCAAGGCACGCGGCCCCAGGCCCCGGAAGAGGAGUCCGCUCACGGCUCUGGCAGCGACUGGCUGGGCACGCAGUCUUCGGAGACGCAGGACUUCCAGGAGUUCAUGGCGGAGAACGAGACGGCCGUCAUGCACCUGCAGACGGCGGAGGAGCUGGAGAGGCUCAAGGCUGAAGAAGACUCCAGCAGCGGCUCCAGCAUGGAGAGCCUGGGGGUUUGCAUCCUCGAGGAACCUCUGGCCGUGCCGGAGGGCUUGUGCCCGGGCCUCAGCGCCCCGAUCCUCAUCCAAGCGCAGCUCCCCCCGGGCUCGUCCGUCCUGUGCUUCGCGGACAGCCCGGAGCAGGCGACGGCGGCGGCGGGCGACCAGCCUUACUUGAACAAUGCACCCGUGGUCUACUACCAGGUGGAGCCGCGGUCCGUGCUGGGAGCCAAGGGAGAGGGCGGCGGCGCGGAGGAGCUGGAGGCGCCCUCCUCGUGCACGAACGACAAGGAUGCGAGCGUCAUCUCCGUCCCCGUGGCCUCGCUGGUGACUUGCAGCCGCGCCGCGCCUCCGAGCAAGGGCGAAGCGGCCAAAACCGCUGCCUCCUCGUCCUCGGAGGCUCCUCCGUCUCCCGAGAGCCGCCGAGCGGCGGCCGCUCCUCCCUUCUGCACAAACUCUCCGUGCCCCGAGCCGGAGCCGGCCCCGGAGAGAGCCUGCGAGCUGCCCUCCGCGGAGGAGCGGGCGCUGGGGCCUGCCCUGGCCGUGUGACUGGCCCGGGCACCUCGGCGCUCCUUUCCCCACUGUCUAUUUAUUGACGAUAUUUUAUGGAGCGGCACCGGCCGCUCGAGGUUAUUUAAUUCCGGGGGGAGGGAGGGGAACGGGGCUGCUUUGUACAGACGGUUUUACACGACUCCAAGCGCUUGCGGCCGCCUCGCGAGGCUGCGGGCGCCGGCGGCUCCUCGUCUCGAAGGCUGGAAGCGCCGGCGCGUGAGCCGGGCGGCUCUUCCCGCGACCGCUCCGCACGAGGACGCGUCCUAGAAGCAAUAGCGCGAAACCGCCCCUCGUUCUCGUCCCUCCCAAGCAUCCGGCGCCGGGCUUGACAUGGAGGCAGCGGCGGCUCCGUCCCGCUGCUCGUCCCGGGCGAAGCCGACGGUGCUCUCGCUGGCGCCGCUCCCGCCUCUCCCGGCCCGGAAGAGAUCGGCUUGCCGCGGCGCCGCCGGCGCCUGCGACCGCUCGGUCACCGUCCGCACGCCGACCCGGAGCCGCUUGCUUCUCCGGGGAGCGUUUUGCUUUUUCCCGGUGCGCUCUGCCGGCCCCGCUGCUCCGGCCGCUCUGCGGACGGGCCGGCGGCACCGCUCGCCUUCCCGGCUUGCUCUUUUUCCCCCUCCCCCCAUUUUUUUUCCUUUUUUUGAACAAAAGCUGACUUUUUCUAACACACUGAAUGUUUACUGGGCCACGUAGCAAGGCAGCAGCUGCCAGUGCUGCUGCAGCCGCUCGGCCACGGCGCAGCCCCAGCGGGCUCCAGCCUCCCCAGUAAGGGCAAGGAUGGACUGGGAGAGCCCGUGGAGGGGGAUGCUGCCUGUGGCUUCCCACGCUCGUUAGCGACCUCCUUUUAAUUGCACAAGAGGGGUGAGAACACGGCCCCCAAACUCUUCUGGAAAGCUAUUUUUAUUUUUUUUUAACCACCUUGUUGCUUUUAAUUACAUCCCGCUCCUGGCCCGAUCGGCGCCCGCGCGCGGGAGGCUCCGGCGUGCUGAAGAGCCGCAGCUUUUCCUCGCCCGGGCGAGGCGAGGAGCUCCGCUCCUGCUCCAGCCUUUCCCCAUCCAUGGGGCCGCGCGGCAGGAGGGGGCGCGGGGAGCCCCGGCAGCGCCGCGGGGAGCAGGAGGGACUGCGCCACGCUGGAGCCCUUCCCUGCCGCCGCCGCCGGAGCCCGAGACAGCAGCCCGGGCUGCCGCCUCGCCUUCCCUUUGGAAACCGCCUUCGGCUUGCGGAGCUGCUAGCAGGAGCCCCUGCACCAAAGGGAAGCCGCCCCUGGAGACCACGGCGAGAGAACUGGGGCGAAACUGGGCUGAAGAAGUGCUGGAAUUGUUUUGGGUUGGGAAUUUUAAAAAAAAAAUCUUUUUUUUUUUUUUUAAGGCUCUUCUCGUGCUUCUGUUUGGCAGCUUCUCGCUGCGGUGCAGGAAGCGGCUGAGCCAGUUUCGCUUGCUUUGUCGAAAGGUGGUUGAAAGCCCGUUUUUGUGCCCGAGCCCUCGCCGCAGCAGCGUCCGUCCGUCCGUCCACAUGGCGCCCGCCACUGCGUCCCUCCCUCCCAGCCGGCGCUGAGCCCCGCGCAUGCACGGGCAGGCGGCAACGUCUGCUCCUCCGGCGGGUGCCGGGAUCGUAUCGCCGCCCCGUUCCAGCCCUCCCCGGGCAGCUUUCGUCCUCGAGCCUCUCGCCCGGGCUCGCUCUUUCCCUGUUUCCUUCCUGCCUUAACGCCGCAGCCUCGUCCCUCGCCGCAGCCCGGCGGCCGCCUGGGCCGGGUUCGGUUCGGAUCAAAGCCUCCGGGGCCGGCGCCCUGCCCAUCCCCACGGCUGCGGGGCGGGAACGGGAGCAGCUCUGCGCUGCAACGCCAACAGCGACACUUGAAUAGGUUGAAGUCUUUUUUUUUUUUUUUUUUUUUUCCUCUCAUUUGUUUGUUUUUAAUUAAUUAACUCGACGGUCCCUUCCCAGAUUUGUGUCCCAGCCCUUGGGCACUGCAGGAACAAGCGAAGCCAGGUCAGGAGCCUCCCGCGAGGGGAGGCAGCGCUCCGGGACAGCCGAGCCUGGGCUGCUCGCCCUGACCCGCCAGAAUGAAUCCUAAGUGGCUGUUUAGGAUGGGUGCUUUCACAAGAAGCAAAGAACUAAUAGGAUUUAUUCUAUUUUUACAAAGAUAACUAUGCUGUUAAUAGUGCAAUGAAAGCGCAUUUCUGCCUUUUUUUUUUUGUUUGUUUGUUUUUCAACAUAACUCACUGACACUAAUGCUGGUACCGCACUGGCUCCUUCGGAACGAUUAGCUGUGUAAGAAACCCAUCUCCUCUCUGGUGCUACUGAGCUGUUCCGGCAGCAGCGUUGCUAUCACGCCUCGAAAGCCAGUCGUUACCUGCUAGUUUCUGAGUUGUAACACUCUGGCGCUAGCUCGCCUGGCUCCUCUUCCUAUUUAAAUAGUGACUCUGCUACUUUCUAACUCUCUCACACACACUGUAUACAGGUGGCAUUUUUUUUUUCUUUUUUCCAGUGUGAAUCCAAAGCUUGUCAGGUCCUCCGCAUUUUUUUUUUUUGCCUUUUCAGUUCUUUUCAUUGUGAUAAUGCUGUAUUUAAAGAGAAUAUUUAAGUGUAAAAAUAAAGAAAUGCUCAAACUUG